AUGCCGGUAGGCGUGGGGUGCGUUGAGGUUUACCGCAACGCAGUGAGCAGCCGUGACGAGGAUGUCAUCUGGGACGAGCUUAAUCUUGUGCUGGAACGGGAGGGACAGAAGGUGCUUUCAGAGCGCUCAACCCCGCAGAACAAGACCGUGAAUCACACGUAUCUUGAGAUGCACGGCGACCAGAAUUUUACAGAGGUAAAGAGCUGGCAAGGGAAAGAGAUUCGGCGGCUUCCAGGGCUUGUGUGGUCGCCGACGUUCAUGACGUGGCUGCGAGACGUUGCCCCGAGUCUGCUGGGAUUUAUGCCCGAUACUGCACGCGUGGCUGAGCACAAUUUACCUGAUUACGAGAUGUACAUCGAACACCCCACGGUGGGUUGCUGCUUCCUGUACGUCUCCCUCCUGUCGGACGCGGUGCUGUUGUUUGAUGAUGAGGCGACGGGUCGCGGUGGGCAGGUUUUUCUUCCGCAACGGUCCUUGAUGCGCUGCUUGGGCGAGGCUAGGUGGGGGUGA